CCUAUCAUCCCACGUUGAACAAUCCAGCAUUUUACACCAGUGCAAUGUCAUGUUGUCUGAGUGCAGGGUGGAGCCCUGCAGUAAUGGCCAAGCAGGGGAGACCAGACUAAAGGGGCAACAAGGUAAAGAAAAGGAAAAAGAGGAGGCAGUUGUUCCCUGUGGAGCCAGCCAGCCUGCAGGCUGCCCAAGGCAGGCGGAGUCAGGAACAAGACAGUCUUCAUCAGCUGACCUUAUUGGCAGCAUGACAACAUCAGAUGGUGGACUGGAGCAGAGGGAUGAGACACAGACUCUGGAGGACAGAAGGAGAUUUUCCCACUUGACUGUCAACCAGGAGAGCCAAUGUGGAGCUUCAGCAUCAGAUGUGUGUGUGGUGGAGCAACACCACCAGAAGUCCAAACCAAGGGGCUUGCCAACCUGCUCCUACCCAGACAGAGGCAGGAAGAGGCAGGUAGAGCGGCCCCGGGGAACUGGACCUUACUUCUUCUUUGGAGGAACAAACGGGGCUGAAAUAGUGAGCAAUUACUGUGAGAGCAGAGGAUGGAAGAGGAUUUACGACAAGCACAGGGACGAUGUCAAACUCAGGUGGUGUGAGACCAAGUCAUCUGCCAACUACUGCAACUUCAGAGAAGGAGGCUAAGCAUGGAAGAGUUCAUUCCCACUACCUUCCGCAUGGAUCUAAGGGACGAGAGGGAGGCUUUCCUUGCCCAACUCGAGGGUGUGAGCAACAAUGAGAGUCGUAUGUGGAUCUGUAAGCCUACAGGGAUGAACCAGGGCAAAGGGAUCUUUCUUCUAAAGAGCCAGGAGGAUGUAUCUGCCUUCAGACUGAAGCUGCAGCACAUGGAGGACUGCCAAGCCAACAGGAAAGUGCAUCACCGCAAGACUCAGGCUCACAUUGUCCAACAUUACAUCCAGAGGCCGCUGCUCCUGAACGGAAAAAAGUUUGAUGUGCGCUCUUACCUCCUAAUCGCCUGCACUGCUCCUUACAUGGUCUUUUUUCGUCAUGGAUAUGUGCGACUGACCUGCGACCUCUACGACCCCAGCUCCAACAACCUCAGUGCCCACCUGACCAAUCAGUACAUGCAGAAGAAAAACCCUCUGUACAGCCAGCUGAAGGAGGACACAGUGUGGUCCAUGGAGAGCUUCAACACCUACGUCAACGACAAGUUUCAGGUUGCCAAGUGUCUGCCCAGGGACUGGGUGCUGGGCGUCUUUGCAAAGCGCAUGCAGCACAUCAUGACCCAGUGUUUCCUUGCAGUUAAGUCAAAGUUAGACUGUCGCCUGGGAUUCUUUGACUUGAUUGGCUGCGACUUCAUGGUGGACGAGGACUUUAAGGUGGGACAGACUUUGCUGAAUAUCUAGAUGCUGGCUGGUGUUCGACAUGUUUAUCGGUCAUGUGGUUCUAAUAGGUGUGGCUGCUGGAGAUGAACUGUAAUCCAGCUCUCCAUACCAACUGUGAGGUGCUGAAGGAGGUGAUACCCAGCACUGUUGAGGAGACACUCGGUGAGUUUAAAGCCCAUCAUC